AUGAUGGCUCCCGAUGCAGUCAACAACCAGAGAGGUUAUCCACCGCGGAGAUGCAUCCGAUUACUAUUGCUGUUACUGGUGCCAUCGUACUUCAUAGUACGUCUUCAUCGUGCAUUGUUCAAUGACGGCUUUGGUAACCUGUACGACAACAUCGACUUCUUUCCGGGCUUGAUGGAUCUUCCUGACGCCGGAGUCCCCCGAAUGCACCAUGGAGCCUUUGCUGACUUUUCGUCGUCCAGCAGGCGGCACUUGUCAUCAGACCAAAACUACUCAGCGCUGAUGCAACAGCAACUAUCAGGCAACGAUACGACGAUCCUACCAGAGCAACAACACGAAGCCGGACAAACCUCAUCCGAGCGCAAUAGCGCUACUCGCAACAAGACCCUUACCCUCAAAAGCAACUCAGUGUACCCAGAAAGUCAUCUACGUGGAGCAUACGCUUCUGUACCCCGCCCGGUACGGCCAAGUGCCGAUGCUCCCGAAAACAUCUCAUCCGUGGACCCAGAAAAGCAGCUACACGGAGCAUACGCUUCGGUACCCUUGUCCGCACGGCCAACUUCCGAUGAACUGAUUGAAGCAGCUCUCAAGAAGAAGCGAAGACAAAGAGGCCGCCGCCGACGCAGGGAGCACAUUGAUGGGGAGGUGGGAAAUCAGGAAAGCAACAAAAAGAAGCGCCGCCGUCAACGACAAGGUCAAAAUCCUCGUCGGAGAUCGGAACCCAGGGAGUAUAAGGACACUGACUUGUCCAAAAACAUCACUUCCUAUUCCUAUCUUCCGAUUGGAAAGUACGUGGCAUCGGCCCUUGAGGAAAGGUCGGAACAGGCCAAGACCAGCGGAAAUACGUCUUCUCCUUACGCUUACGCUUUUGUCAUGGGAGGUGUCAACGAGCAAGACGGUCGGUAUUUAGGAAUGUUUUACAACAUUUUGAUUGCAGCAUACAUUUUCGACAAGGAGGGAUCUUCCGCGGAUGUGGUCGUGUACGUCCAAAUGUCAGCAAACUCUACGUUGACGGAACUACCUGAGGACAACACCCGCCUUUUGACGGCGAUGGGUGUGAAAAUAAAGUACUUACCCAAGCCCAAGGUGGAAAACUUUCAUCAGAUUAUCAUGCAAAAGUUGGUGAUUCUAGAGUUGGUGGAGUAUCGACGAGUGAUCUUUCUAGAUACCGACGUCAUGCCGUUUUGCAACCUCGACUACGUCUUUCACUUAUCCGACAGCCCCAAACCAGUUCUCAAGAAGAAUCUCAUCAUUGCCCUUUCGGGGUCACCGGGUAUGUCUUCUUGCGUUUGUGUUGAGAACAAGCUGCGCUGAGACACUAACGACAUGUACUGCGUUUUGUUUUGUUUUUGGCUCGUUAUACAGCGAAUGCAGGUAGGAGACUGUCUUGUUAUGAAACCCAAACGGCUUGCCAGUGAUGCUUGCUCAUUAUUCUGGUGCACGUGUCUUUGCUGUCUAUUAGGUUUCUUCAUGUUAGCUCCAAA